AUGGCACCUGCAUCUCAUAUUAAAGCUACGAAUUCUAGCGUUGAAAGUACCGUUACAAAACUGCUGAUCUCAACCAAGCAAUUACUUCAGGUAUUGACACAGUGGUCGAAAGGGAUUGUUAAUGAGAAAGCAGUAUCCGAUUCAUAUGUCCAGUUGGGAAACGAUUUGAAAAUUGUUUCUAAAUUUUUCAAGCAUUUGGAUGUUGAUGUAUCAGACUUGGUCGUUGUACCAAAAAAUCUAAGGAAAGUCUUAGAAUCGGCAUUACGUGAAUCGCCUUCAGAAGAAACGUUGAAUAGAUUUCUUCCAACAAUUAGAGAUAUCAUUGUAACCUUAUUAGAAAAACUUAAGGUAAAACAAGCAGAAUUGAAAGCAAGAAAGCAAGAAACUCAUGAGUCAGAUUUUCCUGGACAUAGAAAAACAGCUUCUGUUAUGAGUACAGUGUCCACUACUACAUCUCUAGGAUCAGAUAAUGGUACUAAUGGUAAUUCAAAAAGUAGGUCUCCUAGUGUAGUCUUAGAUUCUAAUUCUAAUUCUAAUUCAAUCGCUGGCGUUAAUAGUCAAGAAGAUGUAAUAAACAGAAGAGAUCAAAUAUCUAAUUACAAAAGUAGUGAACAAGUAUCUACGGGUAAUAAUGAUAUGUCCAGUAAUUCACAUGUAGACGUCCAUAAAAGUGCAUUGACACCUCAUGCUGAAACAAUUACAUCGGCUGGUGCUACAUCUCUAGAAACUCAGAGCAGCCCAGGGACUCUAAAAGUUCAAAAGACGAGAACUGUCUCUGAAACUGAAGCCCUAUUACAAUUAAAAAAUGGUUCAAAUUUACAGAGACGUGCAUCCAAAAGAUUUUCAGCAUACCAGAUUGCAAAAUUAACAAAUCAAUCCAGUUCAGAUGCCGCUGCCGCAACACCUGCAAACAUGAUAAUUACUAAUUCGGCAGACCAAACAGAUUUGGAAAGAGAGAGAACUUUUUCAAGACUUUCCUCAGCGACUAGUAAUAUCGAUGACAAUGAAAGUGUACCUAUGGAACAGAGUGGAUCAAUUUCUAAAACAAUAUCAGGGUCCGAAAACGGGAAAGUUUUAUUUUUAAAACUAGGUAACAGAGUUAAAAGAUGCAAUGUAAUAUUUCCUUCUAAUAUCAACGAGCUAAGGUUAUUGUUUGUUAAGGAAUUUGCUUAUUCCCCAGGAACAGAUGAUUUCCCAAGCAUUUAUAUUAGGGAUUCAGAAUAUGAUGUAUUUUAUGAACUAGAACAAAGUGAUUUAAAUAAUAUUAAACCAGGGACUGUUUUAGAGCUACGUGUAUUAAAUGACAACGGCAACCGAUUUAAUAUGAACGAAGUAGUGCAUGCAAUCAAAAAUGAGCUUAAUAUGAAUCAACGAUUUCUGUUAGAAGAGGUUAAAAAAUUAACUCUUAGCAACGAGAAACCAUCAAAUGUUUUAGAUACUGUUAGUGAGUCAAACAAUUCAAUAUCUCCUUUAGAUUCCAAAUCAGUAAAGGAUAUCAAUCAUGAAUUAUCUAUAUUAAGACAGAUAAGAAACGAUGAGUAUAAAGCUAUGAAGUUAACUAUUUCAAAGUUAUUAGAAAAAGUUGAGUUAUUUAAGACUUUGCAUUUAGAAGAAGCAGGUUCAUCGACUAGAUCAUAUAUAGAAAAGUCUCAAUCCAAGCUAGGGGUAGUAUCUGAUAAUUUGCUAAGUAAAGUUGACGACAUUCAGGAUAUUAUUGAAGUAUUAAGAAAAGAUGUCGCAGUCCGUGGCGUGAAUCCAUCAAAAAAGAAGUUAGAUGCUGUAUUAAGUGACUUAAAUGAAGCCGAGAAGGAAUUAUCUUCUAUGCAAUCGUUUAUUAGCACAGAAAAACCAGGUUGGAAAAGGAUUUGGGAAUCUGAAUUAGAUAAAGUAUGUGAAGAACAGCAAUUUUUAACGCUACAAGAAGAUUUAGCAUUUGAUUUGGUUGAAGAUUUGAAAAAAGCAUCAGAAACGUUUGAGCUUGUAAAACUAUGUUGUGAAGAACAAGAAAAGUACCCAAAAAAAGUGAGAACUAAUCCCAUCUUACCUAUCCCUAAACCAGGUACGUUAAAUCAAACUAGAGAUCAAUUACUGGUAGACGUUCAAUCAUUAGUCCCCGACCAUGAAAGUAGAGUUGAUGCCUUAGAAAAAGCUCAGAAAAUUUGGCAAAAGGAAAGGAUCUUAAAAGAGAAUGAUGAGUUUCAAGAAGAGUUAGGAACUUUUGUUGGUAAUGCCAGCUUCAAAAAGACCGGUGGUAUUGAAGAAAUUGAACGGAUAAGACAACAAAAGAAUGAAGAGAAUUUAAGAGCAGGUUUAGGAAUAAUAUAA